AUGAACGACCUGACCCCCGAGCUGGGCAGGAGGAGACGAGCGGCAUGGAGAGCGUACAAGAGCAUCGAGGAUGUAGUGAAGAAGACCAGAAACACCCGGCUCCGUGCUCACUUCUUCAACACCACCGUACUUCCUGCUUUGACCUAUGCUUCGGAAAUCUGGGCACUUCGCAAGCAGGAAGAAAACGCGCCUCCAACAAAAAGUGCACUAGAUGAUCUCUUCGCUGAUACGUCAACAGAACAAAAAUCGUCCGCGACGAAUACGGGUACAACACCAGCAACGAACACGCGAAUAACACGACACCAAACGGGACCCACAAACCUCGGAAGCCUAUUAGGUCCAUCACGACGCGAAAAAGAAGCGAAAACUACAAGCGGGACAUCUGAACCUACUACGGCUCCAACUUCAGUUCCUCAACAAACUGUUCCUUCUUCUGAAGAAACUCUACGAAUUAAAAGGCUGGAAAACGAGGUCGAGCGCCUAAAUCGAGAAAUUGAAGACGUAAAAAGACGAAAGAAAGAAGAUGAACAAGAUCUAGAGAGGCUAUGGAAGGAAAAGUUAACAAAGAAAGAUCGUGAUCAUCAAGAAGAACAAAAAGAGUUGGAGAAUUCUCAUCAAAAACAAAUCUCUAAACUACAAGACGAACAUUCCGAAGAACUUGAGAGGUUAAAGUCGACGUAUGAGCGGCAACUCGACAGCAUACAGCAAUCGGCUGGUCAAUGGAGAGAUGUUACUACGGUCGUGGAUAAAGUUGACAACCUCUCUAUGACUAUAAAUCAACUUGCUGAUAAUGUAAAUAUGGUGACAGAACGUACCAUUAUUGAAAAGGAAACAGCGUUGAAGUUAAGAGAACAACAACUGGAAAACAGAGAACAAAGAUUACUCGAGGAUAAAGCGCAUUUUGAAGAUGAACGCAAGAAGGUCUACGAAUUGAAUGCUAAGUUGAACGAAUUAUGUAAGGGCCAAGAGAAAGUUAUGGAACAGGACAAAUAUCUUGUGCGAGAAGAAUGGAAUCGCCUUAACGCUGAGAAGUCUGUUUUCAAGGAGGACCAACAGUUUAUUCUGGAAAAUAUCGAGAAACAGAAAGAAGCUCUAGACAGAUCCAAGACUACAUUCUUCCAAGAGCAACAUGAUUUACUUGUAAGAGUGAGUACAGAACGUCAACUGCUGGAACAAGAGAAGAACGAAUUCUAUGGGAAACGUUCAUUGGAUGUGCGGAGAAUUAAAGAAGAGGCUGGAGAAUUACAGCGACGAGCUCAAAAUGUUUUAGCUGCUGAAAAGCACCUACAAGAACUUGAAAUCUCUUUGAUGGAAGAGUGUGUUGAAAUGGAAAAUCUUCGUAAUCAAAUGUCGUCCUAUAAGAUUCGAACUGAACCAGACAAAGGACCAAUCCGUAAUCCGAACGACCGCCUUGAUGCUGAUCUUGCAUCUAGCCAAGAUGGUCAAGAUGUGCCUCCAAGGAAUGAGAGUGUUCGCACAGUGCUCAAGAAGCACUCCGAAUUUCUUGAACGUUACAUGGGACAGAAGGUAGCAGCAGUUGCACCACGUCCUGCGCAAUACGGCUCACCAUAA